AUGAAGCUCAGUGCAUCAACCCGUGGCACAUCGCCGGAACAACAUUUUUAUGUUUUACAAGUCAACUUGAGCCCCGGCAACCAAGGUCAUGUGAAUGAGACCAAGAAUUCCAGCUUGCUUCGCAGAGAGAAUACAUCGGCGCAGGAGACAUUGCCGUUAUUUGUCCAUAUACCCAAGACAGCAGGAACGUCAAUUUGGGCAGCUCUUGGUCCAUCGUAUUCAGACUCCAACCGAUACCCCGAGGUGCCCUUCUCCUGUUUGAAGCACAACCCUCCAAAGGAGCACGUGCAGCGGAGUUUUGCCGUGAUCCGAGAGCCCUGCUCACGCUUGGCCUCUGAAUUCACUUGGGCUCAGAAACUGGCUUGGUUUGACAUUUACUACAGGGACUACGGGGUGAUCAAGGAAUUUCCUCCAACCUGCUCGAUGUUCAACUCAUGGGUGCGGGCAGUGCUAGCGCGGUAUCAGCAAUCCUCUGAUGUGGAAGACUGCCAUAUGAUUCCUCAGUGGUGUUAUUUGUCGAAAGUGGAUGAAGUGCUGCCCCUGGACCAAGAUCUGCAAAAGCGUUUGAGAGCAUUGAGCCCCGAGUUCCAUAGCCUCAAUUUACCCAGGUUGAAUGCAGAUGAUUUGGCCCAGCGCAGCAAUGUGACCUGUUCAUGCUUGGAUGCUUGGAAUUUGGCAGCGAUCCAGGAGCACUUUCGAGAUGACUUUAUCACCUGGCAUUUAGCCUUUGGCAAGCCAUCACCCUAUGCGCCUGAAUCCUUCAAAUCUGGCUUGAUUCGGCGAAAGAAGGGCUGCACUUACAAGAAGAAUUGGAAACGGAUUUGGCCGAAAGACAGCUCAGUUGGAAUUUCUGCUGAGGGCCUUGCUCGUGCUGUGUAG